UUUUGAAAACUGAAAACAACGACUUGAGAAGAUAGAAACUUUCUUUCUGCUAGGGAAAACUACUUCAAGAUUCAUUAUUUCUGUCUUAUAAGAUUGCGCCAUGAUGUUGGGAACCGAACUGCAGAACCUGGACGGGAAUCUAAAACAGGUGCAGGAGGCCCUGCUGAACAAGUGGACAGGAGACGGGCUCACCAAGCACCUGGACGAACAGAAGCAGAAACAUGCAGAGUGCAUGGCACAGGCAAAGGCUGACAUCUCCAAGUUGGAGGAUAGUGUGAACUCUUUUAAGAUGCAGGCAGAGACCAACAGACAAGCCUUCCAAGAGAGGAUAGAUUUGAUGCAGACUGCCCGACAGGACAUAGAGAAGGUGAAGAUGCAGACUGAGGAGAUGGGCCAGCAGGAGGCGGAGCUAAGGGGGAUGAUUGGCACAUCAGUCAAGCAGAUUGCAAAGGAAAAGGAGUUGAUACAAGCUCAAGACAAAGUCACCAAGCAGAAAAUGGAAGAACUGCAGAAAGCUGUGGGUUUCUUUAAGGACAGACUGGGACUCAAAUUCAGAAAGUUGGAUGGGGGAAGGCUGCAGUUUGCAUUCACAGUCAUCGAUGUCAAGAACCCAGACAGGGCCUUCGUCUUCACACUGAAGGUCGAUAGCAAGUACGAAGUGGUUGACUGUGACCCCAAGGUCGCUGACCUUGAUGACCUGGUGGCCAAGUUGAACACCACCAACAACUUGUCAGCAUUUGUGCAGACCAUGAGGAAACGGUUCAAACAGCUGGUGUAGCUUUGCUGUUAUCUCUUUUAGCCUGGUAUCCAGCCGUAUUAUAGCUCCCGAGUCUCUUCUGUCCUCUCCACAAAAAGGAGAGGAUAGAAGAGACUCGGGAGCUUUAAUAUGGCUGGAUACCAGGCUGUAUCUCUUCUACUCUGGAGUAUUUCUACAGAUAUUCCUCUGUGGCUGUAAAUAGUGUAGAAUCUAGGACUGAUGUAUGUAACUUUCACAACUUAUUGCCCUUCAAGUUGAUACUAUUACACUUAAUUUUAAUAGAUUUAAAGAUUGUCUGGAAAUGUACAUGUGUAAACCUUCAGGAAUAUUUUUCCUCUAUUUUCACAACCCCAUCCACCAUGCUCUGACACUUAAAGUGAUGUCUUAUUUGAUAAAGUGAUAACUAAUGCCAGACUAAUAAAAUCAAAAUCAACUGUCUCAAAUGAAAAUGAACAAAUGAGUUUUUCUAGCUUUGCUUACUCAUUUCAUGCAUUCACUGAGUUCGAAUCAGUAAAAACUUUUGUUGAUAUUUUAUGUACUGCAAGUUGUAUGAAGUAGACCAUUCAUGUACAAUAAUAUAUCAAUAAAAGACUUGCUGUGAAUAAAUUU